AUGAAGGUUUUGUCUAGUUUAGCCUUAUCUUUGAUAGGGUCUGCUGCUGCAGUGGUUGCUUUGCCUCAGGGUGUUCAGAAGAAUGAGGAGGAAUGUACGACCACAACUGUUGGUCACAAGCACAGAAGGGCUAUUGCUGUUGAGUACGUGUACGAAACUAUCACUGUGAAUGGUCAUGGUCAGACUAUUUUUGCCAUGUCUUCUUUGACUCCGUCUUCUACUUCGUCUUCCAAUUCAUAUUCGACUCCGUCUUCAUCUUCUGAUUCGUCAUAUUCUGCUCCAUCUUCUUCCCCAUCUUCUCCAACUUCUGCCCCAUCUUCCCCAUCUUCCCCAUCUUCCCCAUCUUCUCCAACUUCUGCCCCAUCUUCCCCAUCUUCUGCCCCAUCUUCAAGUAAUGGUUCUUCUCGCUCAUCGUCAUCUCAUGUUUCACCUUCAUCUUCCAGUCCAUCUUCGCCUGCCAGUUCGUCUUACGAUUACUCGUCGACUUCGUCUCACUCAAAGCCUUCCUCUACUGGCUCAUCGAACUCGUACAGUAACAUUUUUGGUGACUUGGCUGCAUUUGCCGACCCAAGGAAGCCGUUCAAGGACGGCGUUGUUCCAUGUAAGCAGUUUCCGGAGGGAGAAGGUGUUGUUUCUUUAGACUGGUUGCCCUUUGGCGGUUGGUCUGGAAUUGAGCACCCCGACACCUCUACUGGUGGUAAAUGUACCGAGGGUGCCUACUGUUCUUAUGCCUGUCAGGCAGGCAUGUCUAAAACGCAGUGGCCUAGCGAACAGCCUGAGGAUGGUAGAUCUGUUGGUGGUCUACUAUGUAAGAAUGGGUACUUGUAUCGUUCCAACAAAAAUACAGACUACCUGUGUGAAUGGGGUGUUGACAAAGCUGAUGUUAUCAACAAAUUGGACGAUGUGGUCAGUAUUUGCAAGACUGACUAUCCAGGUUGCGAAAACAUGGUUGUUCCUACUGUAGUCGAACCUGGUAAGAGUUUGCCAUUGACUGUCGUCAACGAGGAUACCUACUACAAAUGGCGUGGUUUGAAGACCUCUGCUCAGUUUUACGUUAACGACGCAGGGGUUCCUGUCGAGGAAGGCUGUGUAUGGGGUACCGAAGGUUCUGGCAUUGGUAACUGGUCCCCAUUGAACUUUGGUGCUGGUUACAUUGAUGGAAUUGCCUACUUGUCUUUGAUUCCAAACCCUAACAACCGCAAGCCUUUGAAUUUCAAGGUGAAGAUCGUCGCUGCAGAUGCACACUCAGUUGUCUCGGGCGAAUGUUACUACGAAAACGGUCUAUACAACGGCUACAGUAAGGAUGGCUGUACUGUCGGUGUCACCCGUGGUAAGGCACACUUCGUCCUAUACAAUUGA